GCAGCCAUGAGGUUCCCUACCGUCACAGCUCACAGUAAGGAGUUGGCCACAUCUCAACAACUAAAGGCAUGCAGGGAGCAGCUUCUUACAAGAGAAGCGGAAAUCGCGGAGCUGAAAGCCGAAAGGAACAACACCAGGCUGCUGCUGGAACACCUGGAGAUCCUGGUUUCCCGGUAUGUGCCGUCCCUCGGGAUGACGGCGGGCCCGCAGCAGGCGCAGUCCCCAGCCAGCAUGACCAGCGAGGUGGAGCUGCUCAGGGCGCUGAGAUUGCUCUUUGAGCACCACAAGGCCCUGGACGAGAAGUUGAGAGAGCAACUGCGACACGCUCUCGAAAGGUGUAGUUCCUUAGAAGAGGAAUUAAGGACCGCACACAAACAGGUGCAGAGCCAGAGGGAGCAGGACUGGGAGUCCGCGCAGCAGGCCCGCGUGGUGGCCACCGUGGCCCAGGCCUUCGAGAGUGACGAGGAUGUGUCUGACGGCGAGGGCGACAGGGUCACCCUCCUCAGCUUGGCCGGUCAGCUACCGCCCAGUGGGCAGGCCGAUGGCGACACUCUGCCUGUGAUGAUUCAGGAGCUACUGGAUGCCAUCAACGAGGAGAUCUGGUGGAGGGCGGGCGGGGCGCGCUUAGGCAGCCUUCGGCGUUUUAAGUCCCUGAGCUCCGACAACCUGUGUCCUGCCUCCUCACUUGCCGGCUCCUGCCCGCCCAGCACGGAGCGCUCGCCGCCCCAAAGCAGGCGGCACAGCCUGGCGUGCGAGGGAGACCGGCUGGGCGUCAUGACUCCGGUGCAGAGCCAGAGGGAGCAGGACUGGGAGUCUGCGCAGCAGGCCAGCGUGGAGGCAACCGUUGCCCAGGCCUUCGAGAGUGACGAGGAUGUGUCUGACGGCAAGGGCGACGGAGUCACCCUCCUCAGCUCGGCCGAUCAGCUGCCGCCCAGUGGGCAGGCCGAUGCCGACUCUCCGCCUGUGAUGCUUCAUGAGCAGCUGGAUGCCAUCAGUGAAGAGAUCCGGUGGAUCCGGGAGGAGAAGAUUUCGAAGCAGCGGGCCGAGGAGCCUGAGAGCAGGGCGGGCGGGGCGCGCUUAGGCAGCCUUCGGCGUUUUAAGUCCCUGAGCUCCCUCAGCCUGUGUCCUGCCUCCUCACUUGCCGGCUCCUGCCCGCCCAGCAGGGGGCGCUCCCCACCCCGAGGGAGGCAGCACAGCCCGGAGCUCCAGGGAGACUGGCUGGACGUCCUGACUCCGGUGCAGAGCCAGAGGGAGCAGGACUGGGAGUCUGCGCAGCAGGCCAGCGUGGAGGCAACCGUUGCCCAGGCCUUCGAGAGUGACGAGGAUGUGUCUGACGGCAAGGGCGACGGAGUCACCCUCCUCAGCUCGGCCGAUCAGCUGCCGCCCAGUGGGCAGGCCGAUGCCGACUCUCCGCCUGUGAUGCUUCAUGAGCAGCUGGAUGCCAUCAGUGAAGAGAUCCGGUGGAUCCGGGAGGAGAAGGAGAGCGCGGAGCAGCGGGCCGAGGAGACUGAGAGCAGGGCGCGCUGGGCGCGCUUAGGCAGCCUUUGGUGUUUUAAGUCCCUGAACUCCGACAACCUGUGUCCUGCCUCCUCACUUGCCGGCUCCUGCCCACCCAGCAGGGAGCGCUCCCCGCCCCGAAGGAGGCAGCACAGCCCGGAGCUCCAGGGAGACCGGCUGGGCUUCAUGACUCUUCCUAGUGAGUUAAGGAAGCAUCGUCGAAAGCUGCCUGCUUUAAUGGAAGAGGAAGAAGACGACGAGACCACCAUCAAAGGUGAAACCUCGAGCCCUACCUCGCCACGGUCCCUUCGGCUGGACCGGCUGCACACGGGGGCGCUGCGCGCGGCCGGCCCCGAGGACGUCAGGGACACCCGCAACUCGACCGGCUCUCAGGACAGCCCCGGGGGCAACCCCAGCAGCAGCACCAUCAGCCAGGACUCGCUGCAGAAAGCUGCGAAGAAGAAGGGCAUCAGGUCCUGCAUCGGCCGCUUGUUUGGCAAGAAGUAAAAGGGCCGGCCUGGACUCCCGCCGGGCGCCAAGGUCACGUUCUCUGCCGCUGAGGGCUCUCCAGGGCCGACCUCCGCAGACCCGCCGACCCUCCACUCCCAGGGCGUGGCCUCCGUGCCCCCUCGGGACCAGGCCGGCCUGUGCUCACCCCGAAGCUCAGCAGGACUGCCAGCUUUACGGGAAGAGGAACGAGAUGACAAGACCACCAUCAAAUGUGAAGCCUCGACCCCCACCUCGCUGCGGUCCCUUCGGCUGGACCGGCUGCAGACAGGAUGCUGUACACGGCCAGCCACACGGACGUCAGGGACGCCUGCAAGUAAGGGGCCUGUGCGCCUCGUCCUGCUCCAGGUAGCCUGGAGACAAGGCUUGCGUUUUGCACAAUGGGAGGGGCCGGCUGCUGUGGUCUGGCGGGAGCUCUGGGUCGGGAUGCCGGCCUGGUAUGUGGCUGCUUGCCCAGCCAGCGUGAAGAGCGCCGCCAUCAUGUCCGCCCUGUCGGGCGCAGGAAUCCAGCGUGAGAUCGGCAUCAGCACGCUGCGCCAGCUGAAGCUGCGGCUGGCGAUCCCGGAGAUCACGUCCCUGAGCAGCCCCUCCGCCCCUCCCACGUCCAGAACCACCUCAGGAAACGUCUGGUGAGCACAGGAGAUGGAGAUACUCACGGCCACGCCGCCAACCGAGGAUGAGGAGGGAAGCUGGGCUCAGACCCUCGCAUACAGGGACGUGAGCCUUGAGCGGAUCGGCACCGAGUGACUGCCCAGCCUGGGCCUCCGGCAGUACCGCAGCUACGUCAUGGAGUGCCUUGUGGACACGCGGAUGCUGGACCACUUGACCAAGAAAGACCUUUGCGGACAACUGAAAAUGGUUGAUAGUUUUCACAGAAACAGUUUGCAGUGUGGAAUUGUGUGCCUGUGAAGGUUGAAUUAUGACCGAAAAGAACUGGAAAGGAAAAGAGAAGAAAGCCAGAAUGAACUAGCACAGAAUGAAAGGCGGCCGAUCACUCCAGAGCCGAGAAGGGCAGGGCCCGCUGUGCACGCCUGUGAGUGUGAAGAACACUGCUCUGGCCCCCCGUCAAAGGACUUGAGGAGGCAGCAUGGUCCUGUGCCCAGGCCGGAGGGGGUGUCCUUGACGAUGGAGCGGGAGCCUCUCCGCUGGGGCGGGAGGAAGCCGGAGGCACUUCAGUUGCCAGCUGCUGCGUGCGCAGAGUCUCUGCCCGCAAACCGCCGGGUCCCGUCCUCGCUGUCCCCACCCUCGGGCCCCUGCACGCUGUCAGUCGAUGGGGCGAAGGAAGAAGAGAACGCUGCUCCUUCAGGCUGGGUGCCCGGGGCCGCUGUGUCCCCACUUGAUGGCAAGACAGACGGCCAGACAGCCUGGGCCGGGGUCAGGCUCUGUGGCUCAGACGCCCUGUGCACGCGCCCCCCAUGCCGCCAGGAUCCCGUCCGUGACAGCGGCGUCUCGGGCUCCUUUCUCCCCGAUCAGCCCCGUGCUCUGCCCUCCCUGGAGCGGCCUGUGGAGAGCGGCAUGGCCCCCAGGACAGCAGAUCGCGGGGCUCCAGGCCACGAGGGCCCGGCCACUGACCCACAAGGACCCCCACGUGGCAGCCCCCAGGCUCGCUCUCUCUGGAUCAUCCACCCUCUAGAAGUUUCCCCAGACCCUGAGUAG